AUGUCGGACACGAACGCGCCACUAGUCUCACCGGGAAGGCUUCGUCCUGCAAGCAAUGCAGCCACACCUAUUGCCAACAUCCCAGACGAUGUGUUACUCGACAUAUUCCGUAUCGUGGUCGAACAGUCGGACUACAUGACGCGGAAGCUGCUCCGGAAAGGGAAGACCUGGCUCGCCGUCACCCACGUGUGCACAUAUUGGCGCAACUCCAUCCUGGACACCGCCGAACUGUGGACUCGAUUGAGGUUCUGGUCCUUCUUCAACCAGAAGUUGGCCAGAGCAUUCCUUCAACGCGCAGGCAAUCGCUUGGUGUCGCUGGAGUACCGCGGCAGUGGACCGCGCCCGCUCGCCAAUCCCAUGACCAUCGCCAGCUUUAUUGACUCGAAUAGCAGCCAUCUGGGGGCGCUGUCCAUCAUCGAGCUGGAUGAAACAGAGACAGCGGUCUUUUGCGGGAAACUGCGCACGCCGGCCAUGAACCUACAACGUUUGGAGAUCCAAUCCCACGUCGGGCAGCAUACAGUUGUCUAUCCCAUCUUCACCAACACGCUCCCCGCGCUACGCGUCUUCCGCAUCACAGGCUUGUGGAUCACGUUACCACACGCCGCGAACCUGCGCGAGCUGGUUCUCCUGGAAUGCCGUUCUGUCCCCUUCGAGGCACUGUUGAAAUACUUGCACGAGAUGCCGCUCUUAGAGGUCCUCCACAUCGACAAAGCGCGCGACAGUCGUCGGGAAUGGCCGCCUGUUUCCACUCUGCCAUUCAAACCCCCGCUCCUGAUGCCGCAUCUCCGUUCGCUGACUCUGUCGUUCACGCAUCCUGAAGAUCUCUUCGUCGCGCUCAGACUCAUUGCCUUUCCUCCUGCGGCGGCAGUUCACCUCCACUUCCGCGAGAUGCAGACAUUAACCAUAACAGCCUUCCCCGAUGUUCCGCCCUCGCUGGAGGCAAUCACAAGCAGCAUAUCUGAUGCUUCGUUGACGAUCAGUCAGGAUCCGAUGUGGACUGUAGUUUUGCGCACUAUCAAUCGCGACCUCCAGCUGCAAUGGUCGUGUGAGGUUGCUGAACAGGAUGCGGACAACCUCGUCUUCAGGCUCCAGCGCACCGCGUUCAACGCGCUGCCGUUCCCGUCAUUACGUCGACUCGCUGUCCGCAGCACCCCCGCCCUCCGUAGCGACGCGUGGCGUGUCCUCUUUGGUCCCUUGUCUGGUUUGGAGACACUGGAGGUUGAUGUGCACCAAACGAGCCUGUGGACUCUUGGCUCCGAGAUGUGCACAUUUGUUUCAGAUGACCCCAUUCCGCUGCCAUUCUGUCCCCAGCUGAAGCAUCUCCGCGUCAUGCGCCUCCAGGAUGAGGGAGAGAACUUGUUUCGUGACAUCACUCAAGUUCUCUGGGCUUGUGCCCUAAAUAGCAAAUCAUUGACUUUCAAAGCCACGACUACAAUGGUGCGCACGCGUCCCGCGGACCCGCGGACGCACGAAGCGAGCACCGUGUCAUAUAAGUCGCGCGCGACAUUAACCCGAAAUAAACCUGGCUCCCGUCCUAAAUACAUCGAAAUUCACGACCAAAGGCUUCCAGUAUCGGUCGUCCUCGACACUCUUUUCAGCUUCAUGGCCGAGCGACAUCGCAUUUUCAACCGUCGCGUUGCAGGGGAGCCGAGACCGUGGACCGAAGACGAGAUCUUGGAUAAUUAUCCGUUUACGAACGUGUUUCGCAUUUACGACCGAACGACUCAAUAUAUACUCCGCCAUGUCAUCCGGGAAGGUAGCCAGGACCUCCACGAAGCUUGUUUCCGCGUCAUUCUCUUCCGAUUUUUCAACAAGAUCGGGACCUGGAAAUUCUUGAGGUCACGCCUCGGAGAGCUGACAUGGCGAGAUUAUGACGUUGGAAGGUACGAAGAGAAAGGAAGUCGGCUCCUAGUACGCUGGGUAGGAUAUGGGCCAGACGACGAUACAUGGCAAUCUGAGAACGACUUCGGCGAAGCGCGCGCCGUCAUGGAGCAGUGGAAGGGGACAAGAGAUCGCAUAGGGGAAAAAGUUGAGGAAUUCCGCGCGAUGGGCGACCAUUACAGAAAAAGGAAGCAUGUAAUGGUCGCUGUCGAGCGAGAGAAGUAUCAGUGGUAG